AUGUUGGCGAGAAAAUGGACGUGGAAGGAAGACGGCUCCUCAGUUGCUCCAAAGUAGAAUUUUUCGCCGCCAAGGAUGCGAUUUUCAGGUGUGGCUCCAUACCGAGAACAGUUUGGACCGCCUGCAGUAGCGCAAUCGCUAAUGCCCCCGUCGGAUCAGAGACCUGCAGAAGUUGCACCCUCUGCAGAAGCAGGCGAACCAGAGCACUUUCAAAGUGGCGAUGAGAAGGAAUAUUUAUGGAUUCAGAAGUGA